AUGGCUGAGGUGUUCGAAGGGUACGAGCGCCAGUACUGUGAGCUAUCGGCGUUUCUUUCUAGAAAGUGCACUUCUGCUGGCCUUCUUGAUGGGGGUAAUUUCGUUUGAACCCACUUCCUACGAUAAAUCGAGGAACUUCUUUCGUGUAUUUUUCUUAAAUUUAUUGUAAGGAUCCUUUCUCUUUCCUUUUUUAUUUAAUUAUAUUACAGAGUCGCAUUCAUAGUUUUCAGCAUUGGGUAUGCGCAUUAUUUCUUUUGGUAUUAAUGUAAAAUAUAUUCCCUCGCAUGAUUUUUCAGAACAGAAGAGACAGGAGGUUUCUGGGAUCAAGUCUGGGUUGGAGGAAGCCGAAGAAUUGGUAUUUGUCUUACUCGCCACCCUCUUGUUUUCUAGUCAAAGUAUACUUGAUGACUAACUCUCCUCUGGAUUUCCUGCUUUAGAUACGAAAAAUGGACUUGGAGGCGCGGAGUUUGCAAGCUAACAUGAAGGCAAUGCUUUUUGCUAAAUUGAAGGAAUAUAAGUUUGAUUUAAACCAUUUGAAAAAUAAAGUUAAAACGAUCACGUCUCCAAAUGCAAAUCAAAGUUCACGAGAGGCGUUGCUGGAAUCAGGAAUGGCUGACACAUUGACGGUAUGCCUAAUUGCAGAUUCGUUCAUAGCACGACUUUGUGCCAUUUGGAAUCGUCCUGUUCAGUGCAGUAAGUUGAGAAAAAAAAAAACAUUUUAGUGGACUGAAAGGGGAAAUGUGGUAUGUUUUCCAAAUCUUUUGGAAGUAGAAUAUUUGAAAAGUGGGAAUUUAACCAUCUAAAUAAUGCGAGCAUGAUCUGAUUGCUCAUUAGAAGCAUACUGAACUUGUUGCAUAAAUCAUGAUUACCAUGUAUCAUGUGGACUCGUGUGUGAGAAGAGUGAAGGUGUUCUUGGCCAGUAAUCAUGGUUUAGAAGUUUUGAUAUUUUUUUCCUUCAUUCUCUUGAUCUCAUAUUUUGUAACUUUCGUCAUUGAUGACUUAAUGUACUUACUCUUAAAGUCAAAUUCUUCUGCCGUGGUUGAUAUCAACAUUGAGAAUGUGGCUUUUUUUGGUUUGAAUUUACCUAGGAAAUGAACUUGAGACCUUGAUUUCAUCCAUGUGGAUUAGUUCUCCUGUUUUUUGCCCCCUCCAGACUCACCAUGGGUUUUGGCACAAAGGAUAUAGGGAUAGCACACUUGUUUUGAUCUUCCUUAGAUGUUAAUCUUUAUUCGACAAUACUGUUGUGCAGGGUAUGCCAAAGCCCUAAUCCUCCAAAACAAAAUUCAAGUUCUGUUGGUUGAUAUUUAUUCUCAUGGCUAUAUUCAUGAGUCUAUCCACAAGGUUACAGCAUUAGGGAUAACCUAUGAAUGGGUUGCUGCAACAUUUCUUACUUGCUAUUGAUCGUAUGUGGCAUGGAUAACUGUGAUAACGCUUGCCUUGUUGGCACAAGUUGGACAUCGCUUUUAAGUUCCUGGGAAAUAUGAACAUAUCCUCUGCCACUUAGCUAACUUUUAGUGGAAGAAAAGUCUCUAACCGCCGUGUAAAUGUGAGGAUAUAUUAUUUACCAUCAAAGAAAGACCAUUCGUAUCUCAUCAAUAAUUCUCAUGUUUGCCACUUUUUCAUCCUUCACCAAAAGUCCUUUGACAAUUUGGAUAUUUGAACUUCAUUGAAUUUCGUAUAGUUGCUUCUGAAGCUCUUCUGAAACGAUGUUAAAAUUGGUAUCUGUACUAAGAAUGGACUGUUUAGUGAUUGGAUUUGUUUUCUUUGAAUGACUGGGUGGAAAAUUACCCUCCACCUGGAGAAAAUUUGGACAGGAAGAGGAUGAAGUCAAUAUUCGUUUUGGUUCAUGGCUAUAGCAUAUGAACUAUUGCGUGUUGACACAUUGGGUGCCGCUUGGAGUAAAAUAUGAGAAUUUGGGAGCAAAUUCUUGGAUAAUUCAUUUGGUUAUCGAUUCUUGGAUAGUCAUAAAAUUUUGGGGGUAUUGUCUGUAAUAGGUUGAAGGACCUGUCAAGUGUGUCUCUCAAUUUUCUUAUGAUUAAAUCGUCUUUGCUCCCCAAAACAGCUGAUAGUCUCUAAGAUUUAGAAUUUCAUGAAAAAUCGCACUGUUCCGAUUCCUAACGUUUGUUACAAUUACAGCGUUCCUGUUUUUUCAUCCUCGGGAUAUUUUUGUGUCAAUCUGAAACCAAUUUGAUCCUACAGCCUUUUGCUGAUCAAAAAGGGAGGUUGUUAGUAUCAACCGAGCGGCUGAACCAAUCUGGCGAAAGGAUUAAUGAGGGUAGGCGAAUGAUGUUGGAGAGCGAAGAGCUCGGUGUUUCGAUUCUUCAGGAUCUGCAUCAACAGCGCCAAUCUCUUCUUCAUGCUCACAAUACUGUAUGUAUCACUAUGCUUUAACUUAUUAUCUUUCCAUGGACUCGUGCUAUCAUGCCACUUAUGUCUGAAAUGGUCAUUUCUCUUUUUCUCAACGGUAGGACCCUUUCUAGGCACCGUUUUCUUCUCUAGUUGACAGAGAUUGAUGUGCUAUAGUUUAUUAGGCUGCCAAACUAGUGAAAUUUACAUGAUUUAGUACAACCUUUGUGAACUUGUCUGCUUGUUUUUACUAAGAUUUAGUUCUGUUUGUGUUCAGCUCCAUGGGGUUGAUGACAACAUCGGUAAGGGUAGAAAGAUUUUGACAGCCAUGUCAAGAAGGAUCAACAGGAACAAAUGGAUCAUAGGUUCCGUCAUUUUAUGUUUAGUCAUUGCAAUUAUUAUAAUUUUAUAUUUCAAGCUUUCCCAAUAG